AUGUGGCGGAGAAGAACCGCCAGCCGGCGCAAAGCUGACCGCACUCGAGCCAUUCCGGGCCCGCCCGCCCGGCCCUCCCGGCGUGCCGCGCGCGAGAUGGCGGCGCCCGCGCUGUGCCGGCGCUGCGGGCGGGCGGCGGGGCCGUGGGGCCUGCGCCGGGCCCCGCUCCCGCCGCCGCCGCUCCGCCGCCGGGCCCACGAGCAGGCGCGGCGGGCGCGGGGCGCGGCGGGGCUGCUGGCGGCGCAGUGCGAGCGCGGGCUGUUCCAGGAGGUGUUCCCGGCGCAGAGCGCGGAGGAGCAGCUGCCGGCGCUGCUGGAGCCCGGCCGGCCGCCGCUGGCCGCCUACUGCGGCUUCGACCCCACGGCGGACUCGCUGCACGUGGGGCACCUGCUGCCCGUCAUGGCGCUGCUGCACUUCCAGCGCGCGGGCCACGACGUCAUCGCCGUGGUGGGCGGGGCCACGGCGCGGCUGGGGGACCCCAGCGGGCGGGAGCGCGCGCGGGAGCCGCUGCCGGCGGGGCAGGUGCGCGCGCAGGCGCGGGCGCUGCGCGCGGGGCUGGAGCGGCUGUUCGGGAACCACCGGGAGCUGUUCUGGGAGCCUCGGGCCGGGCGGCUCGGCCGCGCCGCCCUGCUGGACAACGCCAGCUGGCUCGGCCGGGAGCCGCUGCUCCGCUUCCUGGGCGGCGCGGGAGGGCGCCUCCGCAUGGGCACGCUGCUGAGCCGGCAGAGCUGCCAGGCGCGGCUGCGCAGCGCCGAGGGCAUGAGCCUGGCCGAGUUCCUGUACCCAGCGCUGCAGGCCUACGACUUCCUGCACCUCCACCGGCACCACGGCUGCCGCAUCCAGCUGGGCGGCCACGACCAGAUGGGAAACAUCAUGUCCGGAUACGAGCUCGUCACCAAGAUGACAGGAGCAGAGGUGUUUGGAAUUACUGUACCUCUUAUUACCAGUACUACUGGUGAUAAACUGGGAAAGACUGCUGGAAAUGCAGUUUGGCUGAACAGAGAGAAGACUUCUCCUUUUGAGCUCUAUCAGUUUUUUGUCAGACAGCAAGAUAAUGUAGUUGAAAAAUACCUGAAACUAUUCACCUUCCUUCCUCUUGAGGAGAUUGCCCACAUCAUGGAAAUGCAUGCUAAAGAACCUGAGAAAUGGGGCCCUCAGAAACGACUGGCUGCUGAAGUAACUAAGCUUGUCCAUGGUAGAGAGGGGCUGGAAUCUGCUAAGAGGUGUACUAAGGCCCUUUAUUACAGCAGUGUGGAGGCACUGGAAGAAAUGUCUGACCAAGAGCUGCAGGAACUUUUCAGACAAGCUACUUCUGCUGAACUGAUGCUUGAACCUGGCAUGACUGUUCUUGACUUGUGUCGUAAAGCAAAUGCCAUUCCAGAUGGACCUAGUGGGUACCGGAAAAUUACAGAUGGAGGAGUUUCAAUAAAUGGGAAUCGUGUAACUAAUCCUGAGACUGUUCUUAUUCUGGGACAGCAUAUUCUGAAGAAUGGAGUAUCAUUACUUAGAGUUGGAAAGAAAAAUUACUACAUUAUAAAAUGGCUGCAGUUGUGACAACAGAGUAUCUCCCUAAAAUGACAGGUCUCUGAUUCUGCUGCUUGAAGAUAUACUUGAAGAUAUUUCUGUACUGUGCAUUACUACACAGCUCACAGACUGCCCAACACUUCUUUUUCAAAAUGCACUGGAGUUCAAAUAAAGGAGCUGAGUUAUACCACUAAAGAGAUUGUAGAUACUCUGCCUUAUUCAAAGCAGCAUUCAUAAGGAUCUGCUUAAGAAGAAAAGAUUAAUUUCAAAGUCCAGCAAUGGACAUAUGCUUUCCCUCCAGCCCUCUGUGUUGAAGGGGAACAGCGGCCAGUUAUUCCACAGGAUAAUUCACAGGAAAAUGAGCCAAAGCAAACUCAAACCCACUCCUUCUUACAGCCAGUGUGUGCUCACUGAACCAAGAAACCUUGCUGGGGGCAAAGACAACCGACCUAUGGUCAUGUUUUCCUGAAGAGGUUUGCUUUGAAGGAAGCUGCAGGAAAUUCAUAAUAAAGAUUCAUAAUAAAUGA